CUAAGGCGUCGGGGGGGAGGUGUGGGUGCGACUUCUUGCUUACCGUCCACCACGACGGCUGCCUUUCAUGCCUCCUAAUUCGCUCAGUCUGAAGCAGAGACUCGCCGCACUAUCGAUAGGCCCGUCAACACCGUUGGCUCUUCAUGCCGUCGACACGCCUUUACGAUCCCCUAAACGGAAGAAUUUCUUCAAUGUUAAUGCUCUCUGGAAUAAACGGUCCGAGUCUACGCAUGCCCAGGAGCAGCAAGCAAACGUCCAGGACGUGAUGGCCAGGCUAAUAUUCCAAGCUGGAGUCGAUUUCGAAACACGGCCAAUGGUCGUGCUGAAUGCUUCAGCCCUCCCGGAUCCGCGAGAAGUUAACUACGACGUGCUUUUGUCUCGAAUACUGUCAUAUUUGAACCUCUACGUUGAGGCCGACUAUACCGUCGUAUUCUUCGCAGCAGGUGGAAAGCACGCACCAGGAUGGAACUGGGUCUGGAAGGCGUAUCGCAGUCUGAGUCGCAAAUACAGGAAGAACUUGAAGCUGCUCUUCAUCGUGCAUUCUUCCUUAUUUUCAAAGAUGCUGUACUCUCUCGCUGGAGCAAUCGUCAGUCCCAAAUUCUUUCGCAAGAUUGUCUAUGUCGACACACUCUCUGCGCUCGCGGCACAAAUACCCAUUACACAAAUUGACAUACCGCCCGCAAUAUAUCAGGAAAACGCUAAACAUGAAAAAAGAAUAACUCUGCCCACUCCGGUUGCGUCAAGUAUCUUUGGUGUACCCUUAGCAGACCUGAUGGGGUACGAGGGCGAGAAUGGGGGCAUCCCAAGAGUCGUCAGAGAUUGUAUCCAGUUUCUGCGUGAGACGGGGAUGGAGGCAGAAGGGCUAUUCCGGCGGUCACCACCGUCAGUGCUUCUCCGAGCUUUGCAAGAAGCCUAUGACCGAGGAAAUGUCGUUUCUCUGGAAGCCUUUGGAGACCCCCAUAUCGCUGCUGUCCUACUGAAGAAAUACCUUCGGGACCUUCCCGAACCAAUAUUCCCUGAACCCUUAUACCUGACGAUACGACGAUGCCCUCCCCCAUCUAGCGACCCUGCAGACAUGGCCGCUGUAUCUUUCGUUCGCGAGACCCUCCUACCCUCACUACCUCCAUGCGUGUACAUUCUUCUCAGCCAUGUCCUCCAUUUGAUGCAUGAGGUAUCCCUUCGUUCCGCUUCGAACCUAAUGGACGCCCACAACCUCGCUGUCGUGCUCACCCCCAACUUGGUCUCAGGUACGAACCCUCUCAAGGAUGUGAUGAUGUGUACGGUCCCCGGCGGACCAGCAGUUUUGCAGUCCUCCGGCGAGUCCAAUCCUGCUGUGCUGCCCGAGUCGAAGACGACGCUGGGAAUGGUGAUCAAAUUGUGUAUAGAGCGGUACUAUGAGAUCUUUGAUGAAGUGAGGGACAGGACAGAGGCGUUACCCGUACGGCAGCCACAAGAAGACAGUCGUGGUUCGUCUGGGGCGAGUUCGCUGCUGUCAAGUUUCAAGGCACCUGUACAUGUGCUGCAGAAUGAUGACGAGGAGGACAGUAUUGACGAUGGGAUGCUGGUGAUGCCAAUAGGACCAGCUCACGGAUACCAUCCAAAUCCGUCGAUAUCUGGACCACCGAGUGCGUGGAAUGGAAGCACGUUCAAGCCGCGACAUCGGAGUACGUUGUCUGGGGGCUCGGGGAAGGUGAAGUCGAUGCAGGGUGGUGGUGGUGGUGGUGGCGGUGGCGGUGGAUACGAGCCGGUGACGAGCAAGGCGAGGUCGACGAUAAGCAUCGAGAGUGGGAACGGGGCAGUGAGGCGCAAAGGGUCAAUUUCUGUUGGGAGAGGAACAAAUAGGAAGUCUUCUGGGGCUGGGGUGGAAGCGAUUGGGAUUACCGCAGAGGGGUUCUUUACUGCGCCUGUGACAGCACCGCCGGUGCCUUCUUUGAAGCCUAGGACGGACUCGUGAUGACCUUUUUUUUGACGAUAUUUUGGAUAUUUUUAACCAUCGUUAUUUGCUUCGCAUAGAACGUGCUAAUCGCGUUAUAUUUACUGCGUCAUAUACUUUACAACAUGUUAAAUGCUCGUACCUACCUUCUUUCCCUCGGUAGAUCUGGGUACCUUUCAUUACGUUUCUCGUAUUUUCGGAUCAGCGCCCACUUUCACUACUGUCGUUCUUUCGCAUGGACACAUUGAUACUAAAACUUUUCACCAGGUAAUUCAUGGACUUGCAGUGUAGAGCUUUUAAUGAGAUUUUUUGGAAGUAA